AUGCGUGUCUCAGGUACGCUCUCGCUGCGCCACCGCGGCUUUCUCAGCUUGGUCAUCGCGCUCCUAUGCUCCCUCGCGCUCCUCGCAGCCGCCGAGACGAUCGUUUCCCCCGACGAGAUCGUCUCCCUCGACGACCUCACAUUCGACCUCCGCGUCGACGACGCCGCCGCGUCACCCGCCACUUCUCACCGCCGACUUCUCGCCGCGGCUGACUCGCUCGUCAACGGCUCCACCUCCGCGUGCGCGUGCCUCCAACCCCCGACGACGCCCCCCGCGGGGGGCACCGUGUUCGGCUACGGCUGCCACGCGCACGACAACUACACCUCCUGCGGUUCUUCCAAGCACUGCAAGGACAAGUGGUGCUACGUCGCGUCCGGCUCGUGCACCAUCGAGAACCACCUCAGCGACAAGUCGGUGCCGGCGGAGGUUUCGUCGGAUCCCCUCGUGUCCACCGCGACGCCCGCGGCGGGGACCACCCCGCUGCACUAUUCGUACGCCACCUGCGGGUACGUGGAUCGUUACACCCUGACCAAGUCCAUGAAGUCACUCUCCGGUGUCACGGUGAAGACGAUGUACCUCGCCAACACCGGCGGGUGGAAAGGUACAAAAUGCGACGAAACCAUCAAGUCCGGCGGCAUUGGAACCAAGGAUAAGUGCCGAGGCGGGGCAUACCGCUUCAUCGAGCUUCUGCAGGCUGCCGAGGGGUUCGUUGUAGAAGAGGUGAACAAGUUCGAGCCCGUGGUGGCUGCGCAGAAGCCCCGCGGCAAGGCUACGCUCGGUUUCAAUCCGAAGGAUUUCCAGCUGUGCGUCUCCGCUGUCGGCAUGGGCUUCCUGGACCUGUGCAACGCGGCCAUCGUGCUCACCCCAGAGCGCACGCAAAUCGCACCCUUCAUCACGCUCUUCGAGGAGCCCGUCUAUCUGGUCUCGAAAUACGACGUGGAAACGGAGUCUUUCGCGAAGAAGUUGCGGAGCGCGUUCGCGCCCUUUGAGUGGCAGCUCUGGUUCCUUAUCCUGUUUUUGGUCGUCGUCAUCUCUGGCUUGAUCGGCUCCAUGGAGCACAGGCCCGGGGGCGAAUUCGAGGGGCGUGGAAUGGUCACCACGACCGUCGAGGCGACGCACGAUGGCAUAUCCUCGCUUCUCGGCGGCGGUUCAAAGUUUGAGCCCAUCACGCUGGGCGGGAAAUUUGCGAGCAUCGGCCUUGGCUUUUUGAUCCUCCUCACCAUCUCCGCGUACACCGCCAACCUAGCGUCGUACCUCAUCGUACAGCGAUCGCGCACCACCGAGGUGCAGUCCAUCGUAGACGCGGUGCGGCUGCGCAAGACCAUGUGCGCCCAUCGAGUCGACAAGAACGGGCUCCUGCUCAACUACCCAGACCUACCCAAGGAGCUCUUAAUCGAGAGCCCGACCCGGACGCAGGCGCUUAAGGACGCCGUCGACGGCACGUGCGACCUCGCCAUCGCCCGCGAGGAGGAACUUCAAUUUCAACGAGGUCUCGGUGAAGCGUGUACGAUGCAGUUCGUCGGGGCACCGCUGUUCACGCUCGCCGUGGGCGUGCCCGUGUCCCCGCGCUACUUCAUGAGGUUCCAAAACGCAAUCGCACGCGCCACCACCAACGGGCUGGUUCGACAGGCAAUGAAGGAGACACUCCCGGUGAAUGCUUGCCCGGUGCGAUCGGCGGUUAACACGAAUAGUGGGAUGACCAUCGAUCAGAUGGCGGGACCACUGCUGCUCUCGGCCGUGUUCUCCAUCUUCGGCAUCCUGUGUCACCUCGCUUCGACGAGACUCACCACGGGCAAGAAGGACGCCAAGGGCUCGACCGAGGACCACGACCACGUCACCAGCGUGCGGAGCAUGCUGAUACACAUCGAGAGGCAACAGGCUGAAAUCUUGGAUCACCUGGGCGUGGGAGCUUCGAACGCCGCGUGA